ACCCAGCGGCGGGUAUCGGUGGAUUCAAGUCGCUUCUCUCCACACACACACACACACGCACGCACGCACGCACGCACACACACACACACACACACACACACACACACACACAUACAGAGGAAAACAGGCUGCAACAGCUCAGGUCUUGUCCGUGCUCGCUCUCACACAGACCGUCACAUGGGAACAAUCCAACACUUUUGUAUGAGGGCGUGAAAUGUAGCGAGAACUCUGCAGUGAAAAUCGUCUUUGUAAUUGUAAUACAGGCGCGUGAAUGUAGUUCCUAAGAAGAUAAUUAAAAAAGAAAAAAAUAAGGUUUUUAUUCUACCAAGAUGCAGCCUUAGACUCUCUGCUUCUCAAAGUGGAAAGAUGAAGUUCGGUUCAACAAUUCCUGUCAAGAUGGAAAACAGCACUCCUUAGCCGAGCAGACGAGAUGGGAAAAUGGGAGUUAACAAUGAACCCAGUGCAGGAAUGGGGUGAGGAGUUCGAGGAUGGCGCAGUUUACGGGGUCACACUGCGUCGGGAGCCCGUCCCCUCAGCCCCAAACCCCAAUGGGACAAAUCCAUGCUGCGCUUUUGUCCAGUACCGGACCUGCAAGGUGCGGCGUCUGAAGGCCGCUACCCUGGACCUGCUAGUGAAUCAUCUCCUGGACCCCGGCUGCCAGGACCAGGAUUACAGCAAGAUCUUCCUCUCCACAUACAGAACCUUUACCAGCUCCUCAAAGCUCAUAGAGCUGCUCUUUCAGAGAGACAGUGCUGCCUCAGAUCUGGACAACAGUGAAAGCUACAGGAGCCCUCUGUUGGCCUUUGUCCAGACAUGGUUGGAUGAGUACAGCGAGGACUUCAGGGAUCCUCCCGUGCACCUGGCACUCAGGCUGUUGUUGGAUCACCUGAGGAUCAGCUCUGCGGUGCAUGACAAUAUGCGCAGCCAACCCAACUUCUGCUCGUUGGCUGGGCAAGCUGAGGCGCUGCUCAAGCGGUUGCAGAAAGAAGACGCCGCCCCGACAGGUCUGGAACAAGAGGAGGGAUCUGGUGAUGAAGAUUCAGGGUGUGAAAACUCAGUGGAUCGAGUUGGUAUCAUGGAUUUCUCUGCUUCAGCCGUCGCCGAACAGCUCACCCGAAUGGAUUCUGCUCUAUUUGUCAAAGUGGUGCCUUACCAGUGUCUGGGCUGUGUGUGGUCUCAAAGAGACAAGAAGGAAAACAUGUCUCCCACCAUCCGGGCCACAAUUGCGCAGUUCAACGCCAUCACCAACCAGGUCAUCAUGUCCCUGCUCUGCCAGCCUACAGACCCCACCUCCAGUCCCACUUCCUCCUGCCGGCCUCCCACUACUCCAGUGCAAAGGGCCCGUAUCAUAGAGAAGUGGAUCAGAGUAGCACAGGAGUGUCGUCAGUUGAAGAACUUCUCCUCUCUCAGGGCGAUCCUGUCGGCCCUUCAGUCUAAUGCAGUUUACAGGCUGAGAAAGACCUGGGCUGCUGUUAGCAGAGACAGCAUGGCCACAUUCAAUAACCUCUGUGAAACCUUCCCUGAUGAGAACUGUGUUCUAACCAACAGAGAGCUCCUGGUCGAGGACGGGGGCCAAGCGACUGAGGAUAACAUUUCUCCAAAGAUAUCCAAGCGGUGUCCAGUCCCCAGACAGAUGAGUACCUCCAGUGGAGUGGUUCCUUACCUGGGUACCUAUCUGACCGUCCUCACCAUGCUGGACACUGCUCUGCCAGACACUUUGGAGGGAGGGCUGAUAAACCUUGAGAAGAGGAGGAGGGAGUUUGAGGUUCUGUCACAGAUCCGUGUGCUGCAGGCGUCCUGUUCGCAGUACAACCUGCCCCAUCACCCCAGAAUCGCUGCCUGGCUGCAGGGAUACAAGCUGCUCAAUGACCAGGAGAGCUACGAGCUGUCGAGACAGCUGGAGCCUCCGGUAGACCUCUGUUCACCAACCCUCUGGAGCCACCGCACGCUCACAAAGAAACUCUCCAGUCUCCUGGCAGUGAGCGAUGGAUCAAAGAAACUCCCUGCUGAUCAGAUCAGCGUUUCAUCUUCUGGAUCCAGUGGAUCUGAGAUGGAGGAUCUCUCCUCCCCAAACUCGGCCUGCUCCAUCAGACUGCAGUCCUUUCACAGCUCAUGCAACAAUGUGUCCGAGGCCUUCUCUUCCUCCUUGCCCUCCUCUUCCUCACCCUCUCCCUGCUCCUCCUCGGCUUCCUCUCCGGACUCCCCCACUCCCUCCAGCUCGCCAGCCUCGUCAUGCAGCGGUGCUCGGCCGAAGCCUGCCCCGGUCUCUCACCACAAGCGCUCCGUGUCCAUGACCUCCCUGCCCGUGUAUAACCGUCAGGUGGCGGACUCCUGUAUAGUCAGGGUGAGCGUGGACCUGACCCAGAACAAUGGCAACAUGUACAAAAGCAUCAUGUUAACCAGCCAGGACAAAACUGCUCAGGUGAUUCAGCGGGCGCUGGAAAAGCAUCACCUUGAGCACAUGGACUGGCAGGAGUUCACCCUGACGCAGGUCAUCUCUCAGGAAAGAGAGCUGCUCAUACCAGACAAAGCAAACGUCUUCUAUGCUAUGUCCACAACGGCCAACUUUGACUUUGUUUUGCGGCAAUUCCCCAAAGGCCAGAAGAAACCACUGAGGGCCACAUCCAGCCUGGGACGAUACUCAAAGUAGCACUUCCACUCUACAGAUUCUCCACCUGGAAGAGCUCAUGGGACGUUCCUGGAAAGUGUUCCUUAUUUUCUUUUUUAAUAGUUGUUUAUAGGACAGGUAUCCUCUCUCAAUGUGACUUUUUUUUUAACGUUGAUGAUGAUGUAGAAGCACUUUAUGAAGAAGAAUGCAGCAGAAACUGAUGAAGCUUUAAAAAACACCCGGACCGGAUAUGCCUUUAUAUUUCUGUUGGAAUAAACUGGGUAUGAAUCCUACUAUUAAACCAAAAAAAGGAAGAUAAAAAAAAAAAAAAAAAACCCAUUCCUUGACUUUUUCCCUCAGGUGUGUUGGUAAAACAUUUUCUCUCUGACUCUGCUGCUAUAUGUCUCUCCCAGUAACUGUAUGGGUGUGAAGAUGCACACGCUCCCACCAGAGAGCAACACGUGCCACCAUCAGCGACCUAUUUAUACAUGUACAUUGAGAAAUGACCGGCCGUGUCCCAACACAGCUGGGCGCCAUUAAUAAUCUGUGUGUCAGAAAGGGAAUGUGGGUCAGAUGCUGUGUGAAGGGUGCCGGUAAUGAACCCCUGGCCCCCCCCACCCCCCCACCCCCCUGCAGUAGGUUGUCUGCCACUUGAGAUGAGAGAGUCCGAUGUCCUUAUCUGUCGCCGUGCCUGUGCCAUCUGAGGAACGGGCGGGGACGUUCUCACCAGGGAUCACUGUGUUCCCUGCGACGUGGUGAUACUCAUCAUGUGUGGCCGGCAGCCCCGACUGGAAAGAUGGCAUUCCUGAACUGGCGUAACCAUGGCAGCAGAGACUUUGAUGGAUGGGGAUGUAAAUGGCGAAUGGCUACUGUAUCUAGAUUAGACAACAAUAAGGGUGAACUGUUGUUUGUGAUUUUUGUGUUUGUGCUAUGACUAAGUAGCUUUGACUUUUAGAGUUUUAGAUUUUGCAAUGUUUUGUAUUUAUUUCACUUUUGUUCCACUGUGGUUCACUUUGAAUGCACCUUUAUUUGGUUAAUGACACAUUGUGAUGACUCACUAGCAGGCUCUAACUUGUCUUCUGACUGGCGGGAAAAUACUUACUUACUUUAUUUUGCAACAUGUUUGAUUAGUGUGCUUAUAAUUUUAGAGAUGUCUUAUUUUCCGAUGAAUCCUGAUAAUAUCUAAAGUGAUAAUGUUUUAUAUUUUACUUAAUUGUAUUUAACAAGUUGGUUCAGACUUGUGAAGCCUGGAUGUAACUGGUGCUUAAAUGGCUUGACCUAAAGCCUAAUGAGGAGUUUAGAUCUGAUCAUUUCACUGACAUCAAUUGACGCAAACGCUGUAACGAGAUAGUUGACACUGAUCAUGUUUUCUUACAGUUAAAACUCCAGGGAGUAUUUGCAAAGUGGAAUAGUUAUACAAUGAACAGACAUGAAAAGUUUUAUCGCUCAACUUCCCUGGGAGCAUCUGGGAGUCGAGAGCCUUGCUCAUGGGCGUACGUAGCUGCCGAGGAAAGAAACGGGCUUCUCGUUGAAUUCCUCAAUCCACAUUCUCCCUGUAAACAGCAAACACUCUCCCAAAAGCUUACUUCUACCGGCAACUGUGCAAUAUCCCUCUCUUGGCAACUGAAACUUGAAUUGAUAGUAUUUCUUGGCUUAUAAAAAAAACUUCAUAUUGUUCAAUCUUUUUUAAUGAAGAUAAUAUCACAGUUGUAAAAGAAAAAGGAAUAAAUUGUUUCAAAAAAAAAAAAUCCAAGG